AUGACACCCGAUUUCAUAAAAGGUGUUGAUCUGCAUGAUGGUGAAUGGGGUAUUGUUGGAUCCAUUUCUGUCUGGAAUUUUACACAUGACGGGAAGGAAAAAGUGGCUAAACAGGUAAUCGAAGAAAUUGACAAAGAGAAAAAGUUAGUGCGUUAUAAGGUGAUAGGGGGUGAGAUAUUGGAGGCUUACAAAAGCUUCUUAGUUACAAUUCAUGUGGACACCAAGGGAGAAGAGAACCUUGUGACGUGGACUUUCCACUAUGAGAAGCUUAAUGAGAGUGUUGAUGAUCCUAAUAGUUUGAUGGAUUUAUGCCUUCGUAUCACCAAAGAUAUUGAGAACCAUCACCUCGCCAAAUCAAACUAA